UUUAAUAACUAUUGUCAGUAACACUUGGCUUAGAGAAGAAGGUUCGUACGCUCAAAUACCUUCAGUGCGGGGUACGCACUACUAUGCAGCGGUGAAAAAUCACACUGCGCCGGAUGUCGAUGUGGUCAGCACUGCCGUGUCCAUAAUCGUUAGCACUAUUAGCUUCCAGCAUGCCCGAGAAAUGGAACGGCAAUCUGAGCGCGGGAUGCUGCCAUCGACAGACGAUACAAUUCCCAUGGGCCUUCCAGCUAAGCGUGCAAUGUGAGUAUUGUGUUUUUUAUUUCCCCUUAGACGCCGGCCCGUCCGUUCGAGCUCCGAUGACGAGGAUGCCGCGCGUCCAAGCAAACCCAAAAGGCCUUCUGCAGCAACCUACGCACGUGCGCCCUCCUCUCUGUUCAGUGGCAUUAGUCCGUCACGUCCAGGACCAUCAACAAACAACCGUAAGUAUCGAUUUCAUACUGCCCCUAUUAAACAGUAAUCGCGCCACCGGUUAUUGCUGACGUCCCACCAAGCAAUCUGGAUGUGCUGCACGAACUGCAGGCCAUAAAAUCCUUAUUUUUAGAUGAGUUGUGUCUCAUUCGAUCAGAAUUGGUCGGCCAUCGUCGCAUGUCCGAAGCGAUGUUGCAAAUGCUACAACGACAAUCCCAAAGUGUUGCGCCGGGACUAUCUCUGCCAUUCAUCUCUCUCAGUGAGCUAAAGAGAUAUGAUGAACGGCUGAAGGACCCCGAUUUCAAAAUCAGAGUCGUCAACCAUUUAUGUGCUGUGCACGGUGAUAACAUACAACUCAUCGUCCGGGGUACCAUGGAGCGGCUAAUGACAAGAUCAGUUGCCGCGGAGAUAAAUUACUCCGGCGCUAGAGGUUCCUUUGCAUUCAGGCGAACAAAUAUGAACGGCCUUGUACAAGGCCUCAUUCGGCAACGCAUGGGUGAUGCAGCCUCGGAUGCUGACAUUACACGGCACAUCAAAACGUGGUUGCAUUCUGCACGGCACAAAAGACCGCCGGUUGAGCAAACUAAAGUAUGCAGUGCGAAUGAGGUGAGUCCCCUGCUUCCUUAGGCACAUCUUUAGCCUCCUACGUUGACACUCGCGGAAGCGGAUUAAGAAUAUUGACUAUGCCGCUUUCUGCUACUAACGUUCUUUGUACUGCACCCCUUCAUGUAUAUAUAGCAUUCCUAUACCUCGGUUUUAAUUUUCUUUCGCCUUGUGAUGUCAGGUGCGCGGUAAGAGCGGUUUCCUUUUCUGACCAACAGCUUUGAGUCGCCGCCUAGGUGGGUUCCCAAGUCCAGAAACUACCGCAACUGGUACCGGGUGAACACUAGGUCCGAGCCGUCCAUAUAUUCGUUAGGCGCAUAGUGCGUUCAAGUGUG